CAUCGUCUCAACCGAAGAGGAUGGACACAAGGUCUCUGCACUGGGCAGCAUGAACGGGCACAGCCGGAAUGGGAAGGACCACGCUCCCCAGAGGAAGCACCGCAACCGUUUUGUGAAGAAGAACGGCCAGUGCAACGUUUACUUUGCCAACCUGAGCAACAAAUCUCAGCGCUACAUGGCCGACAUCUUCACCACCUGCGUGGACACACGCUGGAGGUACAUGCUGAUGAUCUUCUCUGCCGCCUUCCUGGUCUCCUGGCUCUUUUUUGGCUUCCUCUUCUGGUGCAUAGCUUUCUUCCAUGGUGACCUCAAUGCACCGGCGGUGGCGGGUGGUCCCUCUCUCCUCAAGCCCUGCAUCAUGCACGUGAACAGUUUCCUGGGGGCUUUUCUUUUCUCAGUGGAGACGCAGACAACCAUCGGGUAUGGGUUCCGCUGCGUGACUGAGGAGUGCCCGCUGGCUAUCAUGGCAGUUGUGGUCCAGUCCAUCGUGGGCUGCGUGAUUGACUCCUUCAUGAUUGGCACUAUCAUGGCCAAGAUGGCAAGGCCCAAGAAGCGGGCCCAGACCCUCCUCUUCAGCCAUCAUGCGGUCAUCUCCGUGCGGGAUGGGAAACUGUGUCUCAUGUGGAGGGUGGGCAACCUGAGGAGGAGUCACAUCGUGGAGGCCCACGUCCGAGCCCAGCUCAUCAAGCCCUACAUGACAGAGGAAGGGGAAUACCUCCCCCUGGACCAGCGGGACCUAAAUGUGGGCUACGAUGUGGGUCUUGAUCGUAUAUUUUUGGUCUCACCUAUUAUUAUAGUUCACGAGAUUGAUGAGGAGAGCCCCCUCUAUGGGAUUGGCAAGGAAGAGCUGGAGACUGAGAAUUUUGAGAUUGUGGUUAUUCUGGAGGGGAUGGUGGAAGCCACAGCCAUGACCACACAGGCACGAAGCUCUUACCUUGCUAGUGAAAUCCUUUGGGGUCAUCGUUUUGAACCAGUUGUGUUUGAGGAGAAGAACCACUACAAAGUGGAUUAUUCACGCUUUCACAAGACGUAUGAGGUGGCGGGCACACCUUGCUGCUCAGCCCGGGAGCUGCAAGAAAGCAAGAUGACCAUCCUACCUUCUCCACCACCUCCCAGUGCCUUCUGCUAUGAAAAUGAGCUGGCACUUGUCAGUCAAGAUGAAGAUGAAGAUGAUGAUGAUGAAGUGGGUGUGGUGUUAGGGGGCAACACCAAAGAGGAGGGAGGUAUCAUCCAGAUGAUGGAUUUUGGAAGCCACCUGGACCUGGAGCGGCUCCAGGCAACUCUGCCUCUAGAUACAAUCUCCUACCGCAGGGAGUCAGCCAUCUAACUCCUCCAGCCUCCCCGUUCCACGCCCAUUGCCCACAGCCUCCUCUGUUCCAUACCCAUACACUGGAUAAAUCCCUUCAGCACCAAACAAUGCCUCCCAUGAUUGCACCUCAGCCCCCGAGUACACCAAGGCCUGGAGCUGUUCUGAUAUACCCCCUUUUUCAUGAGCUCAUGCUGCCUGGGAGAGGAUUGAGGAUGUGCUACUCUUCCUAGGUGUGCAGCUUGGGCUGGAACCCAUUUCCUGCCCAGAGACAUGAGAGCAGCAGGCCUGGUUUCUUGUCUCUGGAGAGGUGACAGGAGUCCCUGCCUUCAAUGGACAGAUUGGGACCCGCAGCAAGUGUUUCUGCUGCUGAGGCAACAGCAGACUUUCUGUCUCCUCUCACUAUGGGUAGGUCCCAUGGCUCUCAUGGGUCAUUGCUAUUACUAGGAGAGGAUCGAUACCUAAGUACUGACCAGAUGAGGAUGGAAAGGAGAGUUUAGGCCUCCUGGAGGGAGUGGGGAAGGAUCUCAGGCUAGGAGUUUACUUGCAUGUUCGUUGCUUGUUGCAUAUGACUCUAUAUAUAAAACAGAAGGAGAAUUGGGAUCCAUAUUCUUCCACUGCAAACACCAAGCUAGGAGACAAGGACACUCUACACAGGCUACUCUGCACUCUCCUUGGCUUUUGGUGUCUGUCACCUCCAGAAGCAGCUCAGCUCCAUGGACUCACACCCAGUUGUCCCAGUCCUCUCGAAAAAUGUGUCCUGCUCCUCUCCUGAGAUACCUGGCAGAGGAGGCAGGGCCCUGUGCUUGCCACACUCAGACUGCUCCCCGGCACAGCACAGCCGGGAUGACAGACAGGUGACCUGACUGGACAGCAGACCCUCCACUUGCUCCUUUUGCCUCCUCCAUUCUUCUCCCUGCUGCCAUCAGCUGUAAAACUGAAUUUGUAACUAUUUAUUUUUAAUAAAGUCUAAUAUCCCAAGGGGAGGUUUGGAAGCAAAGGACAGACCCCAAGGCUGCAGCCUGGUAUAGAGACUGGUGAGGAUUAUUAGUGCUGGUGUUUGUUGUUUGCAUGGAAUUGGAGCCUGCAAGCUCCACCCUGAGGGCUCCCUGGUUCUGAGCCUCUCUUGUAAAGACCUGCAAUAAGAGGCCACAGAAUUUGCUCAGGGAGAAGGUCAUACAAGUGUAGGUAUGGAGGGAAUAAUUUGCAUUAAAAUUACCAAUAGUAUGGGUUAAACAAUCCUGUUUGCUUUGGAGAUAGUGAGAGUUUUGCCCAGGGAAGGGUUAUAGAUAUACUUGGUAAAGAGGCAGAGAUGUGCAUGACAUCGCUUUAGAUGGAAGGCUCAAAACCUCAUAAAAAAACCCAAAGCCUCUCUUUUUGCUAAAAGCAAGUGGAAAGAAAACCAAAGCUAGACCUGGAACAUCAGUUUGCAGUCAUUAAAUGAAAGAGGUGAAAACUUGAUGAGCACUUUCCUUCAGGAGCAGCAGAAUCACCCCUUCAAAACUGCAAAUGAAAUGAGGAUAGAAAGACAAACAGGGAGUUCAGGAAGCUGCUCUGGGCACCCAAUAGCUGUGUUAUGGUGGGGAAUGGCUGAGGAAAUUAUGUCCCACCUAAUCCCUGAUCUAUAAAGCAGAAAAAAAACAUCUCAAUAUCAAUUUGGAAUCGGUUCAAGAAGCAAAAGGAAGUAAAGGGAAGAAGCAGAAGGCUAAGGAGGAAAUAGCAGGACUGAGAGGAAGAAACAGACACAGCAGGCAGAUGGUGGAGAAGGAAGGGAAAAACAAGAAGAGAAAGUGAGGUUAUAUGGGAGUGCAUUUGAGWAAGAGCACAAAUAACAAAACUUUUAUAGACUCAGACAUGGCCAUUUCUUGGUUCUGUGGGAGAGCAGCUGUCCUGCCCAGUUUUGCUCCAUUCACCGGAAUAAUUCCRUUCACCACCGCUCUCUGGGCCCAGCCAUGCAGCCAGUUUUCCACCCAUUGRACAGCGCACCCAUUCAGUUUCUCCAGGCAGCCAGUUUCUAUUGGGCAAAUGCUUUGGGAUACUGUGUCAAAGACUUUAGGGAAGUCCAGGUAGACGAUAUUCACAGCCUUUCUCUCAUCCAGUAAGUGGCUCACUUUGUCAUAGAAAGAGAUCAGGUUGCUCAAGYAGGACCUGCCUUUCCCAAACCCAUGCUGGCUGGGCCUGAUUCCCAGUCUGUGCUGCAUGUGCUAUAUGAUGGCAAGAUAAACUGCUCCAYGACAUUUCCUGGCACCAAGGUCAGGCUGACAGGCCUGUAUAGCCCCAGAUCCUCCUUGCAGCCUUUUUGUAGAAGGGUGUCACACAGGCUAAUCUCCAGUCACCUGGGACCUCCCUGGUCAGCCAGGACUGCUGAUAAAUGACAGAGUGUGGCUUGGCAAGCUCUUCUGCCAGAUUUCUCAGUGCCCUUGGGUGGAUCCCAUCCAGCCCCACAGACWUGGGAGGGUCUAAGUGGUGUAGGAGGGUCACUGAGCAUUCCCUCCUGGAUUAUAAUGGCUUCACUGUGUUCCCUGUCCCUGUCUUCCAGCUCAGGGGAUUGAGUACCCUGACGACAACUUGUCUCACUAUUAAAGACUGAGGCAAAGAAGGCAUUAAGUACCUCAGCCUCUACCUCGCUCCUGUGGUGAUCCUCGGCUCCAGAGCCCAUCUGCCAGAGCAGUUUUCCUCAGAGCCUUCACUGAAAUGGUGGAUAUACUGGAUUUUGAGUGACCGCCAUCCAGUUCUGCUGGUGCUGAGGAAGAGCUGCCUCUCCUCAGAGCUCCAAUGCACCCCACCUGGGUACUGGGGGGCCUUUCUCAGCACUAAAUUUGAGGGUUUGCUGGUUUAGGAAAUGAAGUCACUCCCUCCUUUCAUUGCUUAUUUUCCCCUGAGGUAGUAAACAGAGGCUGGUAUUGACCUGGCUUUUAAUACAGCUUUCAGAGUCGUGUGCCUGCCACUGGCCAUGGAAACAAACUAAUGGAGCGAGAGAGAAGGACUUUGCGUGUGAGGACACGGGCAUUCAGGACACAGGCUGGGGUGGUGGCCUCCAGAAGAGGGGGAACCCUCAUGCCUGGGCACCCCUGUCACUGAUGURCAGCAUCCUUUGGAGGCAGGUGGCAGUGCUUGGUGGCAGUGAAGUGCUCACAGCUCUUGGGAGGCUCGUCACCAAGGAGCAAGUGUGCAGAGGUGCCAGGCAAGGAUAGUGCACCAGGGCCAUGGGCAUGCACAGCUGGAGUGGCUGGGGCAACARACAGGCCAGCACUGCCACUUCUCACUUCAUCUGGAAAGAUGGGACAAGAUUGCAAUAAAUCUAAGGGAACAAUCAUUCAGCCAUACUGGUUCCAGCCCCRUCUGUGUGUCUGAACUUUCUGGACGUUUUCAUGUCAUGUGUGGCAUCACAGUGGAGAAAACAGUGAGGCAUUGAAGAAUACUCAGCUAAACCCCUGCUGUUUAUAAUAAAAUUGC